AUGGAGAUAGUUUACGUUUAUACGAAGAAAAGAAGCGAGUUUGGUCGCCAAUGUAAUUUUUCUGAUAGACCAGCCGAACUCCAUGUUGAUAUUGUACCUGAUGCUUCGUUAUCACAAGAUUUUGUUGAAAGAAAUCCAGUAGACACAGCCAUACAAUGUGUUCAGGAAAUGUCAGAACAUGAGGUGAACACAGAGAGAUUUGAGACAAGUUCUAGAGGUAUUAAUCAUACAGAAGGUGGCUGGCCUAAAGAUGUUAAUCCACAAGAAGUUGAACAAGUUACCAGAUACAGAAAGAAAGUUGAGAAAGAUGAAAUGUACAUUGCCACAAUACAGCAACUGGGAAAUAUUAUGGAACACUGUAUUAAACAGAAUAAUGCUAUUGAUAUUUAUGAAGAAUAUUUUGAAGAUGUAGAUGUUGAUCAUAUUGAUGAAACUCCCUCAGCUAAAACUAUUAAUGUAUUCAGAGAUCCAAAUGAAAUCAAACGUACAGCAACACAUAUCUCCUGGUUUCCUGAUGGUCCCAGAAAAUUAGCAGUAGCUUAUUGUAAUCUUGAAUUCCAAGGUUCAUCACCUGAUACCAGUAUGGAUUCUUAUAUUUGGGAUGUCGAAAACCCCAACAAACCAGAAAUGACAUUAAAGCCUGUAUCACCGUUAGUUUGUUUAGAAUAUAAUCCUAAAGAUUCACAUAUAUUAUUAGGAGGUUGUUAUAAUGGUCAAAUAGCUUAUUGGGACACCAGAAAAGGUUCACAACCUGUAGAAAUGACACCUAUUGAACAGAGUCAUCGUGAUCCAGCUUAUAAAGCUAUCUGGAUUCAAUCUAAAACUGGUUCAGAAUGUUUCUCUACAUCCACUGAUGGUCAAGUUUUAUGGUGGGACAUCAGAAAAUUGGGUGAACCUACAGAAAAAUUAUAUCUGGACAAAAAACAAGAUUUCAGUAAAGCUCAGGGUGCUUAUAGUUUGGAGUAUGAACCUACUAUUCCCACAAAGUUUAUGGUUGGAACAGAACAAGGUACUGUGAUGUCGUGUAACAGAAAAGCUAAAACUCCCCUAGAGAAGAUAGUUGCUCUAUAUCCUGGUCAUAUUGGACCUGUAUAUAGUCUACAGAGAAAUCCUUACUUCCCUAAAAACUUCUUAUCUGUUGGUGAUUGGACUGCUAGAAUUUGGUCAGAAGAUAUCAGAGAAUCCUCCAUUAUGUGGACAAAACAAUACUCAUCUUAUUUAACUGAUGGAUGUUGGAGUCCAACCAGACCUGCUGUAUUCUUUAUCACCAAGAUGGACGGAACGUUAGAUGUGUGGGAUAUACUAUUUAAACAGAAUGAUCCAACACUUAGUUUACAGGUCUGUGAUGGUCCAUUACACAGUUUAAGAGUACAAGAGCAAGCUAAAUUAGUGGCAUGUGGAUCACAGGAUGGUACCACUACUUUAUUAGAAUUAUCAGAAGGCUUAUACCAGUUACAGAGAAAUGAGAAGAACCUGGUUACAGCAAUGUUAGAAAGAGAGACGAGAAGAGAAAAGAUUUUGGAGGGUCGACAUAGAGAAAUGAAACUAAAGGAAAGAACAAAGAGUUCACAAGAGGGCAAAGAAAAGGAAGAAGCCCAGGAUGAUCUACAAGAAACUGAAGAAGAUCUAAUAGCCAAGGCUAAGAAAGAAUUUGAUGAUAUUAUUGCUACAGAAAAGAAGAAAUCACAAGCUAAUUCUGAUCUUCAACAAGAAAAGAUGGACCAGGGCAAGGUAGUUAUUGGAUUUCAUUUGAUUUUGACUCUUCAUGAGCAUAAAACAGUCUCUUAA